CGGCACCCUAGCGCCCUCUAUAGGCCAGCCGCCACUGCUUAUAAUUGUAAUGAAUCGCGUUUUUAAUGCGCUCGACGUUGCCAGAAGGGAUCUCGCAGCGCAGCGCAACGACAAUGUUCUGCGAGUCACCAGGAGCACGUUCCGGAGGCGUCGGAGGGCACCAACAACGGGGGCAUCAAAUGAAUCUGCCGGAGUUUGGAGGGUGAGACUUUUUCUGUUGGCAUUGGCGGACCAAUCCGUCCUUCCAGCACCUACAGAGAGCAGCCGACUGUCAAGAGAAGGUUUAGGAAUCCCAGCUCAUGACCAGCAAGGGGUUGUUUCAGAACGAAGCUAUGUCAAGCUCUCAAUGACUCUUUUAGAGUUCAACAGCUAUGUUUGUCAAAGUUUUCCUACAAUUCCCUUGAAUAUGAUUGGGUUCACUCUGGCAAGAGCUGGCAACUCCAGGCUACUAACGCAACUGCAGGCUACUACUAUGGCAGACCUUAAAAGAUCUGUUGGCAGGAGCAGGGUUUAUAUAAUCCCGCAGGCAGACAUACCAACAUUGUUAGUGAUGGCCUCAUCUUCUGCCUCUGCGGCCCUUAGACCUGCAGGAGCACCCUCUGCCGCCUCUACCUCGGCCACUGAUUCAGAAGGAGCAGCCUCGGCCGCCUCUACCUUGGCCACUGAUUCAGAAGGAGCACCCUCUGCCUCGGCCGCCUCUACCUUGGCCACUGAUUCAGAAGGAGCACCCUCUGCCUCAAGGAGCACCCUCUGCCUCGGCUGCCUCUACCUCGGCCGCCACUGA